GUAUCUCGCGGGCCGCAGGAGUGCUCGUGCUGUGAUGGGACUACAAAUCCGUUAGCACCCACAGCCUCCUCCUCUUUCAUCAUGGCUCCGUCGAUAGACAGGCAAGGAUACUGGGGGCGGCCGACCUCAACGCUGGACUGGUGUGAAGAGAAUUAUGUCGUCUCCUUUUACAUCGCGGAAUUUUGGAACACUGUCAGCAACCUGAUUAUGAUUCUUCCUCCCAUUUGUGGGGCCAUCCAGACGUUUCGUGAUGGACUUGAGUUUCGCUACAUCUGCUCUUUCCUUGGACUGGCAGCGGUUGGAGUUGGCUCUUGGUGCUUCCACAUGACGCUGCUAUAUGAGAUGCAGUUACUGGACGAGUUACCGAUGAUUUACAGUACAUGCGUCUUUGUCUACUGUCUAUAUGAAUGCUUCAAACAAGAGAACAGCAUCAGCUUGUUUCCUAUUGCAUUAUUGUUAAUCUUCAGUGUCUUAGUCACUGUGGUGUACCUGCAGUGGAAGGAGCCAGUUUUUCACCAGGUCAUGUAUGGUGCGCUCGUAGCUUGCCUAGUGAUGCGAUCCAUCUUUAUUGUUACAUGGGUGUACCCAUGGCUCAGGCCGCUGUGUUACACCUCUUUAGGAGUGUUUCUCUUAGGUUUCCUACUGUGGAACAUCGACAAUAUCUUUUGUGACACAUUAAGAGCCAGCAGACAUACGCUUCCCCCUGGUGUUGGGGUAGUAACACAGUUCCAUGCCUGGUGGCACAUCUUCACAGGCCUUGGAUCCUACCUGCACAUACUUCUCAGCCUGCAGAUCAGGUCAACCUACCUCAAGUACAGACCAAAAGUAAAGUUUCUUUGUGGAGUUUGGCCCACAUUGCACAUUGAACCACAGAAGACGAGCUGAAAUGAAGGGAUGGUGACUAACUUAAGGAUGGUGACUGCCAUAUCCAGACGCCAUCGGCACAUGGACCUGCCAGUGCUCACUGCUGGGUGCUCAGCCCACAGCUAGGGGCAGGUGGACCCCAUAGCACCACCCCAGGGACCCAUCGGUUCUGAACUGUGGGGAUUUACUAAGUACAGUAUAGCACUGACUCAAGUUUUAAGAAGUGGAAGAUUUUUUUCAUUAAUCAUAAUUUAUUAGACUAGCUUUUUUGUAAUUUUAUUGAAGUGUAACAAUUUUAUUUGCUUAUUCAUUUUCAUUGCCAGUCUGUUGUAGUUCACUGCAGUGGUAAUGCUGAAGGGGUUGUGGACGUAAUCUUUGUUAGGGCGUGGGAAAAGGGAAAGCAGUGUCAUUGAUUCGGAAUUCAUAUUAGCGUAUUUAUCAUUGUGUGUGUGACUCUGUGGAUAUUUGAAUCUCCUAAACCUAAAUAUAUAUUAAAUAGAUCCCCAAAUGAAAGUAUAACUAAAACUUUUAGUUAUGUGUAGUUUAACAAGUAACUGAUGGAGCGCUACUUAAAACACAGUGUUCUUAUCCCUUGUCAAGCUGCAUUCUGUUGCUCUUGGAUUAGCUAAACUGCAUUGGAUGAUAACUGCUAGAAUGUGAAAGUGCUACUGUUAGUGUAGUUAAGCUGUGUAGACUAGAAGAACCGUCUUCAUUUGCUUGGCCACCAAACCAAACUGGAACUUUUUUUUUUUUCAUUGCCAAAGUUGCUCUUGGAUUCAAAACUGUUGUAUAAUGUGUGAAACAGGCUUUUACCUCGCUGUAAUCCAGCAAGAGAAUAGUCUUGUUAUACAGCCUCAUUACACUGAAUUUUAAUUUUGCCUACGAAAGGGUUAACUAUUUCCCCAGGUACACAAAGCAAGUUAAACCACUUACAAAACCUCACGUUUCUGUGGGCAGAGAAACGCCUUCACUGUCUUUAAAGUGAUACUGCACACAAAUUUGUCCUCUGUGAAGGACUAGAAUUUUACAACCCUUUUUUUGGGAUUUGACCAGCAUCUGGUGGGUCUGUUGAGAUACAAAUAAUGCAGAAACACUGGAAAUGCAUCAGCUCGACUCGAACAUAGUCUUUCUUAAGCCGUUAUUGGUGACACAGUGGUUGUGUACAGUACAGCUAGCUUUGAGAGUAUUUAGGAUUAAAGUGAUUAUAAUUGAAAUCCAGCUCAAGAAGUCAGCUAACAAAGACAACCUGUUUAAGUGGAACAUUUUCUGUUUGUAACUGUUAACAUUCAAUCAAAGGACUACAAGAAUGAAUUGGACAUGCCUGAAUCAUCGCAUGGCCAUGAGCUGCAGGGGAGUUAUGGGUCAGCCUUUUGUUUCCUUCUACGUUACACAAAAUCUUUUCCGUACUUGUACUGUGGAGAACAGCAAUGAUAGUUGAGUGCCCUCUUAUACUUUAACUCAACUGUGGAUGUAUCUGGUGAUACUUAGACUUAAACAUAUUCAACAACAACUGCUACAGCUUAUUUGUUACAUUCUUAUUUAUUAGGGUUUUAACUUUCAUUUUUUUACGCCAUGGCAUCGAGGUGAAGAGUCAAAUGGCACAUACGCUGCACACCUUAUAGAAGAACAUCAUAGAGGAACAUUAUUGAGAAAUAGUUUAUGAUACCACCACUAGGUGGCAUACGUUUCCAGUUUAUUUAAACAUUGCCAAGUAUGUCAUUGUACACUGAAGAACUACUACCUACUUCUGCAGAAGCUUUGCCUCAGUUCUGUUGUGAUGUGAAAUGAAGGGCUUUUCAUUUACGAUGUUUGUUUUGUUGCUGUGAAAUUGUGACUACUUAAUGGUAACAAUAGAACCUGGUGACUGAAGUAAUUGUGAUAAAUGAGAUGCACAACAUUUCUGUUGUAUGGAGGUAUUUGUACAUGUGUGGCCUCUUAAAAUGUUUUGUGCUGGAUUAUCUCCUGAAACAACAUAUACCACAGAUACUACAUCACAUUCACACUACAUUAUGCCUCCGUGCUUUGUCACUAACCCUCAAAUGCUUGGGCAGAACAAUCCUGUGAUCCCAGUAUUACAGUCAUCAGCACAAAAGCACAACUUAUGAAAGACAAGUAUUAACAUUAUUCAAAUGCCUGCGUGGAAUCUUUAGUGUGUGUCAUUAUCUUGAAAUCACUGUUCAUCUGUGGAGGUGAGCAGUUGUCAAAGAGGGUGCCUUAUUGCUGUCCUUGCAGUUUAAUCCAAGUUGCCUUGAUGUUCAUUAUCAGCCAUUCAAAUUGUCCCUGUGUUGUUUAGUGUGCCCUUCCUCUGAUUAUACGUAGUUAGGGCAUCAGGAGGACAAACAAUAACACCUUCUAAUGGAUAGUCUGUCUCUGAUUCUUUGGCCUUGCAUUCAUUUCUUGUGUCUAUCAUUGUAAUUACAGGUUGUUCUUAUGAUGUUAACUGUACCUGUAAGUGAUAAUACUUGCGUGCUGAGGCCAGAAGAGCAAACUCUGCCAACAUGUUUAUUGUACUUUGGUUAUGUGCCAGUCUUUAAUGAUGUCCCGUAUUCUCAAAUAAAAGAAACUGUGUCAGACAUUUUGUCAACAGAA